UCCCCGUCGAAGUGUGGGAGAGGAUCAUCGACCGUCUCUGGGGAGACUCAAAAACCCUCCGAGCAUGCGCGCAAGUUUGCACGACCUGACAUGUAGCGUGAUUGAGAUCUGGAACGCGCAUCCCAUCUUGCGUGCCAGGGUCAGGUCCGUCAUGGUCUGGGGCUCCGACGGCUCCCAUUCGAAAGACGUUCGUGGCCCCGUGCCUCACCUUGCUACCUUUAUCAACGGCGAUGGCAAAAAAGCUUCCCAAGGUGGACGCGCUCGACAUCUGGUAUGCAGACUGGAAGGCCAACACAAUGAUCCCCAAGGCUCUCAUUCAUCUCUCCAUAUUCGUGUCCGUCACCGCGUUGAACCUCACACGCAUCACGUUCCCGAACGUAUUGGCUUUUGGCCGACUCAUCGCCGCAAUCCCAAAUCUGGAUACGCUUUUUGCGGAGGAUGUGACGUUCAAAUCCCCGGCGUAUAACCGCCUCGCGUUCCACCCCCAGCAUAGCAAGCUCAGAAUGCUAUGCUUGGACGGCCCAACAAUUCCUGAGAUCGUGGAUUUCCUGAUCGAUCCCGCAGAGAUCCUACGUAGUGUGCCCAAGAUUACGAUCGGAUGGUACCAACCUGUGGCCGUCACGGAUCUGAAGGACCGCCGUGUCAAAGAGAUGCUCGAAGCCAGUGGUGAUAGCCUGGAAAAUAUUUCGUUUUGGUUGGAUGGCCUUCACGCCGUGGAAACGGCGGCCGCAUUUGAUCAUAUCGCGGCCAACGUCGACCAGCUGAGUCACAAUACGAACCUCAAAAUCCUUCGUCUAGGACUACAUAUACGUCAGACCACACCGCUCGAUGGGACAACACCUGCGUGCACCUGGCUACCGGAUCUUCUAUCGAGAGUCGCGAGCAAAAAGCUCACCUUGAUCCAACUCUGGUUCAACCGUACCGAUCUGCAUAGAGGUCGACAAUCUGCUGUGUGGCUCCCACUUUUCUGCCCUCUCGACAUUGCAGAUUGGGCUACUGUGCGACCGUAAUGGGGUCAUGCUGGACUGGGGGCUUUGGGACGCACUGUUCACUAGCCGGUUAUCGCAGUUGAAAUUGCGCGGUAUAUUACGUACGG